UUUGCAAGGCUAAAAGUUGCGGCCACGUUGAAAUUGCAUUUGUUAUCGGAAGCAGCGUCGUGUAGCAGAACUGACCGAAUGACGAAAUGCUGUCCCGGGCUGCACUGCUUUCGAAUCUGAUACUUUUGGCCAAGUUGUGUUACUGCAAUGUUAUCGAAAAGCAUUCAGACGGCCAAUCCCCUGUAAACCCAGAGGAGAUCGCAGACCUCUUCGAAGGUGACAUUCAACUCGGCUCAUCGUUUCGCAAUGCAGUGCCAGACCUUGGUAUGACUUGGGAAGAUGGCGUCGUACCGUACGUGAUAGAUACUUUUGCAGAUUAUUCUGAUUAUCAAAAGGAAACGAUACAAAAGGCAAUGGAUACAAUCGAGGCAGUCACCGCUGUUAAUGGGAAGAAGUGUGUUCAGUUCGUACCAAGGAAAGCCCAACGAGAUUACCUCAAAAUCAAGAAAGUCAAAGGUUGCUCGUCCGGGGUCGGUCGUAAAGGCGGUCAACAAGAGGUAUCUCUGGUUUUUGGCUGCUUCUUGAAGGGGUUAAUCAUGCACGAGCUUCUCCACGCUCUCGGGUUUUGGCACGAGCAGAGCAGGGCCGAUAGGGACGAGUUUAUCACUAUCAUGUGGGAUAACAUCAAGCCAAAUCAUAAAACAAACUUCGAAAUGAAACUCGCCAAAGACGUCCACCACCUCAGUCAGCCGUACGACUAUGACUCAAUCAUGCACUACUCCGAGACGGCCUUCACGAAGGGUGACAUGAUUACAAUCCUAGCCCAUGAUCCACACGCCAAGAUCGGCCAGAGGGAUCAUCUCAGUCCUAUUGAUAUCAAGGAGGUACAGAUUCUCUAUGGGUGCAUUGAAGGAGACAGACCAACAAUCCACACGAAGGAUAAAGUGUUACCAGGGAAGGACAAGAAUGACGCUGUCUUCCACUGUGACUUCGAGGAUGGAUGGUGUGGAAUAAAACCGAGAGCUGGCGAUGAAGUGAGCUGGGCGCUUGAUUCAUCCAAGCGAAAGGAAGGAAUAGAGACAGGACCUGAUGGAGAUCAUACCUCAGGUUCAGGCACAUUCGCGGUGGUUCGCAACACCAACCACCCAGGUACAAGCACAAGAGUGUCGUUCCCCAGCGUCAAGGCAAGCAACAUCGGGUACUGCAUCGACCUUUGGUACAAUCUGUACGGUGAAAGCGCUGGCAUGAUGAUAGUCAAUGAUGGAGAUACGGCAGUGGAGAUUAUAUUCGGUGAUCAAGGAGGCGACUGGGUUCAUGGCCAGUUCACCGUCAGAUCAAAAAAGGGUGUGAAUAUUAAUAUUGAAGCAGUUUGGGGUCCGGACUACACGGGUGACGUAGCCAUCGAUGAUGUCGGCAUUUUCAAAGGUCCGUGCUGAUCCAGAAUUUGCACAUGAAAUAAACAAGUAAUAAAGUA